CAGGUCAAGGGGAGCCUGCCAGCCUUUCAGCGGGACAAGCAGGGUGCUCCUCGAGGGUCCUCGUCCCUGCACCAAGACCCCUCCGAGACCUGAGCCUGCAUCUCCAGUUUCUCAAGCCCUCCGCUCUGCAGCAUCCCCUCCAUCGUGCCCGGCUGCCACCAGGGCUCUGCCUGCUUCGUUCCAGCCCCGCUCAUGGCUGCUGCCAAGCGCGGUCACCACCCAGUGAAGGAGGCGAUGGACAUCGACAUCCCGUCCAAGCCCUCGCAACCUCACUGGUACGAGCGCUACGUCCAGCCCUGCGUGGCCGAGCUGCUGGGCAGCGGGCUCUUCAUCUUCAUCGGCUGCCUCUCCGUGAUCGAGGAUGCAGAGGGCACGGGGAGGCUGCAGCCCGCCCUGGCACACGGGCUGGCCCUGGGGCUCACCAUUGCCAUCCUGGGAGACAUCAGCGGAGGACACUUCAACCCCGCCGUGUCCUUGGGCGUGUGGCUGGUCGGCGGGCUGAACAUGACGAUGCUCAUUCCUUACUGGCUCUCCCAGCUCUGUGGAGGGACGAUAGGAGCCAGCCUGGCAAAGGCCGUGGCGGCGAGCGAGCGGUACGUGAAUGCCAGCGGAGGAGCCUUCAGCAGCAUCGCAGCUGAUGAGCAGAUCCCCUCCGUCCUCAUGGGCGAGAUCGUCAUGACCACCUUCCUGGUCCUCGCGGUCUGCAUGGGCGCCGUCAACGGGAAGACCAAGACCCCGCUGGCACCUUUCUGCAUCGGCUUGACGGUCACGGUUGACAUCCUGGCGGGAGGUGGCGUGUCCGGAGCCUGCAUGAAUCCUGCCAGAGCCUUUGGGCCGGCUCUGGUAGCGAACUACUGGGACUAUCACUGGGUUUACUGGGUAGGGCCCAUGGUCGCUGCCCUCCUUGUCGGCGUGCUGGUGAGGCUCCUGAUCGGCGACCGGACCAUCCGCCUGCUCCUGAAGUGAUGCCAGAUGCAGGGCUGCGUGCGUGCCGCUGUUGCUGACCUGCCGCGGGCGGCCGGUGCGGCUCAGCACAGCCGCCGUUGAAGCUCCCUGCUCCUGCUCCUCGCCAUCCCACCUCCCCUCUGCAUCUCCCAGGCACCUUGUGCUCAGGAGAUGGUUCACUUGAUGCCGCAGGGACGAUGGAAAGCAGCCCAGCUGAACCAGGCAGCCCUGCACUGGCAGCAGGGCCGGGCAGCGCUGCUCUCACCCCGCUCGCCAGGGCUCUGCCAGCCCCUGCCGCGGCUGUGGGACCGACUUGCCAGGAGCAUCCUCUGACCCACAGCAGCACCCGUGGGGUCCGAGCCUUCCCCGGCAUCGGUCGUGCACGGCAUCCGUCCCACCGGGGCCGUGCCUGGGUGUCUGCGGUGCCAGGGAGCCCUGCGCCCUCCGGGGUGGGCACCACUGUCCCGUGCUCGGGUGGUCCGGUGUGUGUGGCAGUGGCCGGCAGCCCCGUGCUGGGCUGCUCUCCAGGAGCAUCUCCAGCUCCCUGGGGCAGGGAGUGAGAGCUGCCCGUUCCCAAACACCCUGUGAGGAGCCUGCCGUAAUCCUGCCAAGGUGGCGAGAAGCUGAGUCGAGCAGCCCUGCCUGGGGACUCUAUGAUAUUGCUUGCCAGUGCUGACACUAAUCGAUUUCUAACUUCCUCAUGACAAUAUUAAUUCCGAGGCCCGAUGCAGCUAGCUCCCUCUGCCUUGGCACACACCUGCGGGAGCUCCCCAGCCCCGAACGUGACGGUGGGUGCUGCGAGGGUCCGUGCCCUGCCCUACACCAACUCCUGCAUUUGUCUCCCAUUUGAGCAUCUCUGCUCUCUCUCCACCAGCUCCCUCCUCAGCAUCCAGCCCGCGGGGAGCCCAUGCUCCAGCAUGGCAGGAUGUUCCUCCACAGGAGCCCGCUUGACGGCUUGUGCCGUGGAUCGGCUCCUGUCCCUCGCGCAGCUCCAGGAUGAUGCCGAGCAGCUCUUGCCUGUGGCCUGCCCCACAGAGACUGACACAUAGGAGGUGAUGGGAGAAGGGAGCUUUGGUGGCAGUCCGAAUUCUGGCCCCUCUUGGCAUCAGGAGGGCCAGGGGUGAUGUGCCCACCGAGAGCUCAGGGUGGGUCCAUCCCUCCCCUGCCAGAGGACGAGUGCUGGGGGCCGGGCGGCGAGGGAAGGGGGCUGCCUUGGCGGAGGGAGCUGCUGCCAUAAGCAGGAGGAGUCGGCAGAAGGAAAAUGAUGGAGCUGUGUGGGCAGGGGGAGAGGAGCCAGCGCAGCAGCUUUACGUCAGCCGGGUAUCCGUCCCCUACGGCAGCUCUGCCCUGACUCAUCGUGCGGACUUGCCAGCUUCCACCGGGGCGGGGGGGGGGGAUUCACAGGGACCCCGUCCUCACCGCUCGAAGGGUUUCUUGGGUGGUAAACUGGCACAUGAGCAUCAUUGCGAGUACUCCCAGCCCCAGCAGGGAACCCCUCAAGUUACCUGGCUUUAGUCACUCCUAAUUCUGCAAACUUUUAACUUGGGCAACGUCUGUUGCUUUCCCAGCCCCUACAAGAGUGGCUCUGAGGUGCCCCGAGGGAAGGGGCUGUGCUGGGGGGGCCUGUGCCCCCCGCAUGGGGCUGCCCAGCCCAGCACCCGGGGCACCAGUCCAGAAACGGGGCUGGAGAGCAGGGGGAGACAGGAGUGGGAGAGGGCCAGGUUGCUGCAAGCGGGAGCAAUAGCAUCUUCGCAGGGCCAGGACCUUGUGCUGGGCUCCGGCUGUUCCCCGUCUCCUGCUGCCAGUGGGUCUGGAGGAAACCCCCAGGGUAAAGCAGAUGCUUCCUACCUCUUUUCACAGGCUGUUCCACGCAGAGGCAGAAAAGCCGUUGCUGUGGCAGGGAGGAGGUUCCCAGCUUUCUGAUGUCCCCGUGGGGCUGGCAGAGCCCCGCACAAUGUCACCUCUCUAUUUUCAGCUUGCUUUCUAUUUUCCCAGCCCAGGAGGUGACCCACACAUGCACGCAUGCACGCACGCACAUACAACGAUGCAUUCUUUUUUAGAAAAGGACAAGGUUGUAGAGAUGCUGAAGUGAGGAAAUGCUGGAAUUAAAGCAUCCCUGACUCGGGGCGUGUGUAUUUGCCUGCAUCCCUUCCCGCAGGCAGCUCUCCCAGGGCUGGGCAGGGGGACGUGGUACCCCGCGGUGGGCAGGACGGGCCCCAGGUGAGCCGGGGCACAGGCAGCUGCUCAUUCAGGAAGGAAAAUGAUGCAACCCACAGAAGGAGACAAAUAGCAUGAAGAUGUCACUAGGACGGUUGUCAUGGCAACGCCACAAAAAAUGCCAAACCAAACAAGGAGCAAAGUCGCUGCUUCCUCCCCAGAGGGACCCUGGGGGGGUGCGGGAGCGGGUGCUGGUGGGAGCUGGGGGCCGUGGGGAGCCACUGGGGGGGCCCUGACCUGCCCCGGCCCCUGCUCGGGGCGCAGACCUCUGCAGCUGCCACACUUGGGCAGGAUGGGCACCCACCUUCCCCUUUCGAGAGGAAGCACGGCCCUGCGACACCGCAGGAAACACGCUUAUGGCUGCAGCUGCUUCUGCGCGGGGCAGGCUCCCUCCUGCAUCCCAGCUCCCUCCUGCAUCCCAGCUCCCUCCUGCACCCCGGCUCCAGGGCCCUUUGCCCGGCGGGUGCAGGCGAGGUGGGCUGGGGGGCUGCGGUCCCACCGGGGCGGCGA